UGAGUCUUUCCAGAACCUACUUGCACCGCCUCACCUCAAGCACUAUAUAUAAAACCCCAAACACAUUUCAAUUUAUUCAUUAGUUUUUGUUCGAAUUCUCUCGAAGCCUUUUUCUCUCACAGCUGCUUUAUUUGUUUGGUGUUCUAAGUUUACAGAAAGCAAAGUACAUGGUUGAGUUGGAAAUUCAAGUCCCCACACCAUUUGAUCCAUUUGCUGAGGCCAAAGAAUCGGAUGCCCCCGGAGCGAAAGAGUAUGUUCAUAUCCGAAUUCAACAGAGGAAUGGAAAAAAGAGUCUGACUACAGUUCAAGGGCUGAAGAAAGAGUUCAGCUACGAGAAGAUUCUCAAAGAUCUCAAGAAAGAGUUCUGUUGCAACGGGAAUGUUGUGCAGGAUAAAGAGCUUGGUAAAAUAAUUCAACUCCAAGGUGAUCAGCGUAAGAACGUUUCUCAGUUUUUGGUUCAGGUUGGCCUUGUGAGGAAGGACCAGAUUAAGAUUCAUGGUUUUUGAAGAACUUGGUCUUUUAUAGAAGCCGUGGAUUUAUCUGCUAAAGUGUGGAGUGCCUUUUGUUUUUAGUUUGAUUACAGUUAUUUAAAUAAUUAUUUAAAUUGGUGUCGUUUGAUAUUCUUGUUUUGUUUUAUGAUUAGAGUCCAUGGAUGUUGUGGUUGAAUUUGAAUGUAUGCAAGGCACUUCAGAUAUAAUAUUUGAUGAUUUGGUUUUUGAAA